AUGUCUGAGCCUAACGAGGCCCAGGCUGGAAGCAAGUCUUCUUCUUCUUCUAGCUCAUCUAGCUCAAGUUCAAGCGAUGCUGGCUCACCCGCAAGUCCUCCUUCCAAAAAAAUGAAGGUCCAAGUCCAGGUUCAUGACCAAGAGCAGAACUUUGAACAAAAAGAGCCGCCUGAACCAAAGGGCGAAUCUGACUCCGAGCCAGAUGUGAAUGUGGACACACAGUCUUUCCACAUUAUCAACAGCAUUCGGGCAGCCAAAUAUGCCCAAAAGGAAUUGGUUAAAGCAGACAUACCCACAGGACCUGAGUCUUUGGAAGAUUUGUUUAGGUGGCCAAAACGGUACUGCGAGACACUGCUGAGUGAUCUUUGUGACCCAAAUGGUGUGUCAGCAGAAAGGUUUCGUGAGCUUUGCAAGAGAGAGAUCAAACAUCAUGAGUCUUUUGCUGGAAGCGGUGCUGCUGGAAUCAGUAUGAGAAUGGCUUUCAGCGCUUUGCACCGGCACAUAAACCAGCGUGGAGGCGGUGUGCCUGAGAACGAUGGUCCGAAAACGAUCACUUCUUGUGACAUUGACCGCAACUGCCGUGCAGCACUGAACUCCUUGCAUGAGGAGUUCAGGCCAACACAUAUUCAGGGUGGACUGGAGGAACGCUUGAACUCAGGGGUUGUUGAGAAGUUGGAUUCCAUCCUCGCUGCGACAAAGUUCAACUUGAGCAUUGCCAUGAGUGAAGUUGACAUGGAUGAUGGUGAAAACAUGGAGAUCCGCAUACAGAAAAUUCAAGCCAAGUUUGGAGAAGAACUAUUAGAUCAGUACAUGAGUGUUCUUACGGAGCCAGGAACCUUCCAACUAUCUGCACCUUGCCAUUGCCCUGGUCAGUCUCAUGCCAAGGGGUGCAUCACUCCUGUUGGAGAAGCCAAAUUGCUCAAGGAGUUGGGACAAAGCCAAGGCUUGAAUCCUCUUCGCAUUGCAUCCGGUGGAACCUCGUGCGUUGACGUUUCUAGCAUAGGAGCAAAAGCCGGACUGCUUGGCGAUUCAACAAGGAGCCUCGCCAUUUGGCUAGCCGAAAGGCUAGAGAGCCUGGAGGAAGUGAUCAUUCACGAAUGCACCUCUGGAUUCUUACGCUGGGUGUUGAUCAAAUACCUAGGGAAGCACUAUGAUUUUCACUUACUUUUGCGAGACAAAUCUUCGAUCUGCCAGCCGGAAAUGAAUGACACCGAGAGUGACGCCUACCUGCUGAGCCCUCAUGCUUAUGGAUGGCCUGCUCACAGGCCAAGGUUGUACCAGGUUGGAACAAAAAGAAACGUUGUUGCUCUGAGGGACCCUUACAGUGUAGAUGGGAUGUCAUCUGGCCUUGGCAGAGUCAAAUGCCUUUUCACGAAGACAGUGCUGGACAGCUCCGUUUUCAUGGUGGCAAGUGAAGAAGAAGUCAAGGAAGCAAGGCAGAAGGCUGCAAGACAAGCCGCCCAGAGUUCCGAUGCAUCUUUGAAUCAAGCUUGA